GACUUGCUGCCUGUCACAGCGGAUACAGAGGGAUUGGACACACCUCAUAUCAGUCAAUCAUACAAUUGGAUGCUCAGCUCUCUUGCGCUGUUGAUAUCGAAUGUGUUCCUGUACCAGACAAAGAGCUCGAUCGAUAGCACUGCAACAGAGAAACUCAAUACUAUUUUGGCAGUUGCUGAACAGCUUGGAGCGAACACAAACGAGUCAAACUCCAACAGGCCUGUGUUUGUGUGGAUAUUGAGAGAUAUGCAGCUGCAGAUGCGGCACGACCCCAAGUCAGAAAUGUGUAACAAAUUAGAAGAUGUCCAUCUGCGGAAACUCAGACAGGUGUUUCGAGAAUAUGACUGUGUUCCACUUCCCCGGCCGGUCGACUCAGAGGCAUCAUUACAAGAGGUGGACCAGAUGGAGUUCAGUGAACUCAAAACAAACUUUGUGGAAGAGUUCUACAUAUUGGAUCGGCUCGUAUUCAAGCACGCAAUGACUCCACCUUCGAUUGGGACGAAUCAAAUCAACGGUGCUGUACUG